AUGCUGAAGCGAUCAACCAAACGAACCAUAACAAAAUUUAAAACAGUGGCCACAUUAACUCACCGUGAGCUACAUGCAAUAAAUCAUCAGCCUAGCAGCCAAGAUGCUCUGGAAUUCCUACGAAAGAGCCCCAAAGUACCAUUAAUUGCGCAAAUGAAUGUCACUUGUACUGAGACAUGUGUCUUGCUGGAGACCAAAAAGUCUGCGAAUGAAGCUGUUCAAACAAUUCCUUGGUUAAAAAUGCCUUAUGUCGACAUAAUUGAAGUUUAUCGUUUUACCGCCUCUCCUCGAGCACUUGUCAUGUCAGUAGUGCAUCGCGCUCAAAACACUUUUGCAUACGAAGGUCUGAACUUCCGUUCUCGUACAGAACGUGAUAAAUAUGUCAACUGCUUGCUACUAAUAUCCUCAAACUUGGCUUCUAAAGAGAUGAACACUAGUGGUCUCAUCACCGAUCAAAAUGAGAAGCGAUCCUCUCCUACAGGACUAUACACUGAUGACGCUUUAUUAAUGACGCCGGCAGCUAAUAAUACUUUACGGGUAGAUCAUCAGGUGAAUGUGCGCAGCAUUUACGACACGACAGGUCUAUUUGACCAAAGUUACAUUGUUAAUCGCGAGGCAUAUCAAUUGGCUUAUUUCAAAUCAGAUCAGCGCAUGCUUGACCCGACCGACUGGAUUGUUUGUUAUGUAGUCCGCUUAAUAUCACACAUAAAUCUGGGUCCAAAGUCAGACACUACUUACGAGGAAAAGUACGAACUAAUAAAAGAGUGCCAAUACAAAAAGUCUUGCUGCAAAUAUCAGUUGAAGUCCUAUUCAAAUCGCUUUAUCAUCCGUCCACUCGGCUAUGAGUCUCCAGACCUAGCCUACCCGAAAGUGCAUUAUUCAAACGUAAUUAGGGCCAUUGAAUUCACUCAUGAUAUACAGAAGCCGGUAGUUCUUUUAGUUGUGAAUAGGCAAGACCGAAUAUAUCAUCUUGUCAUCCAGGUUGAAUUAAGGGAGGACCUCGAAGAGAUAACUGACAUGAUUAAGCAGUACCAGGCGCAGAAAUCAAGCGGAAUGACACGGAGCAGUCGGGCUAGUAGUGAAACUUCACAUGGUGAGACUUCAAAUAUGUGGGAGCAUGAAAUUGGCGGCUUUGGCGGGGAAAGUGAUGACGAAGGGGAAGAAAGCUCUGGAGCCUCGGAUGAAGAUGCCAACAAUGGAAUAUUUGACGGUGUUUCAAACAACAACUACAGAUAUUAUGAAAAAAAUAAUUCCGGCUUCAGAGAUGAGGAAAGACUACAGGCGGUAAUGAAAAAGCGCGGAUAA